AUUUUCGGUCUGCGGAUCAGUUUUUUAGUUUUAUUCGCUCCUCCCCUUCGUUCUGCUCGUCCAUGGAAACAUAAAAUUACACCGUACGCGACGGUCCUUCCUGUCCAUGAAAUCUCCAAACCCAGUUUUCACUCACCCAAUACUGCAACUCCUACAAAAAUGCAGAACACUGGACACCCUCAAGCAAAUCCAUGCUCAAAUGAUAGCAACUGGUCUUACCCUCCACACAUACCCUCUUAGUAGACUCCUCCUCUUCUCCUCCACCCUUAACAUAACCUAUACUCUUUCUGUUUUUAACCAAAUACCAAACUCAACAAUAUUCCUCUUCAACACUCUCAUUUCCUCCCUCGUCAAUCAAAAACACCAUACCCACAUUGCCUUCUCUCUCUAUCGCCGUAUUCUGUCUCACAAGACUGUUAAACCCAAUAGUUACACCUAUCCAUCUCUAUUCAAAGCUUGUGGGUUACACCCGUGGGUCCAUCAUGGCUUAGCCCUCCACACCCAUGUGUUGAAAUUCCUUGAACCCACUUAUGAUCACUUUGUUCAGGCCUCUUUGCUAAAUUACUAUGCGAAUUCUGGCAAGUUAGGUGUGGCUAGAUAUUUGUUCGAUCAAAUUAGCAAACCUGAUUUAGCCACUUGGAAUUCUAUUUUGGCUGCUUAUGCAAGUAAUGCUAGCGAUAUCUCUGCUUAUAAUGGCAGAAGUGGUAGUGAAGAUGUUACUAGUUUGUCAGUAGAGACGUUAUACUUGUUCAAUGAGAUGCUAUAUUCCUUAGUUAGGCCUAAUGAAGUUACCCUUGUAGCUCUAAUUAGUGCUUGUGCUAAUUUGGGUGCUCUUUGUUUAGGCGCGUGGGCACAUGCAUAUAUACUAAAGAACAAUCUUAGAUUGAAUCGCUAUGUGGGUACGGCUUUUAUUGGGAUGUAUUCAAAAUGUGGAUGUAUAGGUUUAGCAUAUCAAUUGUUUGAUCGAUUGUCUCAAAGGGAUACAUCGUGUUACAAUUCGAUGAUUGGGGGUUUAGCAAUUCAUGGUUAUGGGCACAGAGCGCUAGACCUUUAUGAGAAAAUGAAACGUGAGGGUCUAGCUCCUGAUCACAUAACAUUUGUAGUCACAAUGUGUGCUUGCUCGCAUAUUGGCUCAGUAGAUGAAGGUUGCAAAAUCUUUGAUUCUAUAAAAGAGAUUUAUGGUAUUGAGCCUACACUUGAGCAUUAUGGAUGCGUAAUUGAUCUUCUAGGUCGAGCCGGGCAACUCACAGAAGCUGAAGAAAAGAUGAGGAACAUGCCGAUGAAACCAAAUGCAAUAUUAUGGAGAUCUUUACUUGGGGCAGCAAGAGUUCAUGGGAAUUUGGAGAUAGGAGAGGUUGCACUUAAGCAUCUAAUGGAACUAGAACCAGAAACUAGUGGCAACUAUGUGCUUUUGUCAAAUAUGUAUGCAGGCAUUAAUAAAUGGGAAGAUGUGAAGAAAAUUAGGAAAUUGAUGAAAGAUCAGGGGAUCAUUAAAAUUCCUGGAAGUAGUUUAGUUGAGAUGGGCGGUGCAAUGCAUGAGUUCAUCACAGGUGACAAAACACACCCACUUUCAGAAGAGAUUUAUUUGAAGCUUGAAGAGAUAAAUAGAAGGUUACAAGAAUAUGGUCAUAAGCCAAGAAUCAAAGAAGUGUUAUUUGACAUAGAGGAGGAAGAGAAAGAAGAUGCCUUGUCAUACCAUAGUGAAAGGCUAGCAAUUGCAUUUGCUCUUAUUGCAGCUGACUCCAGUGCUCCUAUUAGAAUAAUAAAGAAUCUUCGUAUCUGUGGUGAUUGCCAUGCAAGUACUAAGCUUAUAUCAAUGAUAUAUGGGAGACAGAUAAUAGUAAGGGAUAGAAAUAGAUUUCAUCAUUUUAAUGAUGGUACUUGUUCUUGUCUGGAUUAUUGGUAACACUAGGUUAAUUACCUUGCAAAUGUGAAAUUACUUGCCUGUUCAUUAUUGGUAAGGUUACAAGAUAGGAAGGUUAUAAUUAAUGAAAUCAAAUUCAAGGCAGCUACGCUAACCAGCUGAAGGCAGGUACAAAUCCUCAGGACUCGUAAUAAUUUUCAUUACAAUACAUUUUUUAUUGUGUAGUCCAUGGGUAAACUUUCAUUUUCUAGCAAAUAUCAUUUCUGAUUUGGUUUAGGCUACAUUAUAAUCAGGUGAAUUUUUUUGCAAUUUCUUGAUCUUGACAUGUGUUUCAAGUUGUGUCCCUUUUUUGCCCACUCUCUGUAAAUUAACAUUAUAAGCAUUGAAGGAAUAAAAAAAAAUAUUUAUAUACAGCUUUCAAGCAAUAGGGUUGGGAUAAAAGCUUGAUUUUGCAUUAGUUAGAAAGUAGAAAAGUAGAUGUUGAAAUAGAUUCAUUAAGUGAGGGAGAUAUGGUCCAACCAAUGGCCAUACUAAUUGGUGAUUAGGAACUUCUGGCUAAGCACCAUGGAUUAUCCAGAAUGCUCUAAUUUUGGAAUUGUUCAGGCGGCUAACGCAUUGCAGUCUCUCUGUAUAGCUCUUUUGAUUAUUUCAAUUGUACAUAUAUUUUAAUUUAUACUGCAUGAAUCUUAUAAUAAAAGCUACUUAAUACACAUUAUGCAUAUGUUAAUGUUUAUUAAUGCAUUUUUUAAAUUAUUUAUAGUUUUAAUAUAGCGUACAGUGCCUUUUGUUGCGUAAAUGCCUAUGUCAGAUUAGCACUAAUCUAAUUUAGUUUUGAUGACUUAAGAUAUUUGCCUCUUAAUUGUCUUUGACUCUUCAAUAACGACAAUUGCCAAUAAGAAUAGAAAACACAUAAAAGUAGGAAAAAAAUUUUGCCUUUGAAUCUGGACUGAAAAAUGGGUAGAAUUCAAUUUAAUUGAAGAGCUGGACAGCUUUGAAAGAGAAAAUGUCAAUUUUUAUUGCUUUUUUCUAUGUAAAUAGAAAUUAUUUGGGUGUAUCUUUGAAUUCCAACGAUGAAGAUUCCUGGAACCUCAAAGCGAAAUUGCCAAUUGACCAAAGCCACAUAUUAAACAUUUUAAAUAGCUUCCUUUCUGUACUAAAGCCUUUUGAAAAUUCUACGGUGUCUUGUCAUAUUACUUUAUUAACCCUUUUCUUUUAUGGGUUUGAGAGGCUUGCGCGCCGGCGACGUGCCAUAUAUAAAGCUAAGAAGGGCAAAAUAAAGAAGUGAAAAGGAAAAAGAGAAUAAGGUGUCCAGAUUCAUCCUCCGAAAUUGCCCAUUUACACCAGCCCAUCCCCUAUAAAUUCUGUCACCGUCUCCCACUGGUACUUGCAGAAGAUCACUUCUCAGCUCUCACCAACGUCAUUUGACAAACCUUAAUUUCAUUAUCCUAAAAAGACUUUUUUUUUUCUAUUAUUAAACGCCUAUCCUACAAAACCAAACUACCACUAAAAAAAAAAAAAAAAAAAAACACCAACCGGGGAGCCCUUCUUCUGGUUCUCCUCUCUUCCAUCAAUGGCUUCCCUGACCAACCUCUUCACCAAAACCACUUUUCCAUCUCACUCCCUUUCCAAAUC